GCAUCAGGAAUAUUUCUUCACUCACUCGCAAUCUCCUUCAAAACCUCUGCUACAAUGAGGAAAACGUCAUAUGCAGCGACCUUUGCCGCUGUCCUCAUCAUUCUUGUCAUCAACAUUUUAUCUGCACGUCUCCCGGACUGGCUCAUUGCUAAAUAUGAAAUCCCAAACGCUCAAGUCACCGUUCGCUAUGGGUUAAUGGAACGAUGCGAACGUGCAACCAUUACCUUUCCUGGCCCCAACAAAGACGGUCGUCUAGAAUACACCGACUACGAAUGCCGCCAGUUCCCGCUCCGCGUACAAGACAAAUGUGACGACGAAAACAGCCUGUUCUGUGCUCUGUGGACCUCCGCUCAAUAUUUCACCGAGCUUGGCAUUGGUUUUGCAGCAAUGGGUCUGGCCGCUUUACUCAUUGGCGUGAGCACGCACUCUAGGAGGAGAAGGGUUUGGAGAGCUGUAGCGGGGCUAGUCAUAUUGCACGCUGUGUUCCAACUCGUGACGUUUAUCCUCGUCACUGAGCUGUAUCGCAAGGACCGUUUUCCGGCCUUUGAGCAUGCUAAGCCUGGUGUUGGCUACGUCUUAAACGCUGUUUCUUGGGUUUCAGGUUUUGUCGUUGGGGCUGGCGUCAUCGUAACCGGUGUGGCUGCGGACCGCGGCCAUAAGUGGGCUGCUGGCAAUAGAUCAUACACACCCAUUCAGGGUUAUCGUCAGAGAUCAUACUCGUCUGUUCAAGGUUAUGGUACAAAUGCAUAGUUCCCUUCUUCCUCUACAAGCACAGGCUCGCUUUCAGUUUUACUUGUACCAUAUUUUGGAUACCUUUGCACUUACCGCAUACACGGAUUUUGUAAAUAUGUUAAUUCAAGUCGCCUUCCCACUUAUUCAUAAAU